AUGGGUUCCAUUCCAUCUCCUUCACGAAAUCUUACUCGAUCCCAAGAAAAUGAUGAACCUUAUUAUCGUAUAUAUGCCUCUUUUUGUGGAAAAGAUUACACUCCUAACGUUAACAUGUCAAAUUGGAUAUCAUCUUAUCAUCCUUCAACAAAUUCAUGGCAUCGACUCACUACAAUUCCAGGCCUUGUCGAAAACCAAGUGCUAAAAAGCUUCGCCAUGGUUUCCAUUGGCGAAACAAUUUUUGUAAUAGGAGGGCGACAUUGUCACAAGGUUGUUAGCGAUGACCCUAUCGAUUUUGCAUACGAAAAGGACCUAAGUGUGCGAUCUUUGGUGCUUAAAUACAAUACUUGCACGGGUAUUUGGUCUGCUUGUGCACCUUUGGCUAUACCGAGGUAUAACUUUGCUUGCACUUGUAAAGAUGGUAAAAUUUAUGUUGCGGGUGGACAAACAAUGUUGGAUAGUGCUGAGGGUACCUCUUUUGCUGAGGUUUAUGAUCCUGCUAAAGAUGAAUGGAAACCGUUACCAAAUAUGAGCACCUUGAGGUAUAAAUCUGUUGGCGUGGCUUGGCAAGGCAAAAUUUAUGUGGUGGGAGGAUUUGCUAAAAGGGGAAAUAGUGAUAGUAAAGGACCAUAUAUGAUGGAAAGAAGCUCAGCUGAGCUGUACGAUCCACACGCACAAAAGUGGGAGUACCUGGCAAGAAUGUGGGACCUAGACAUACCACCUAAUCAAAUAGUUAACGUUAAUGGCAAAUUAUUCAGCUCAGGCGAUUGCUUAAAUGCAUGGAAGGGACAUAUUGAAGCCUAUGAUAAAACACUAAAUAUGUGGAAUAUUGUAGAUGGCUCACAUUCACCAAUAUCCACGUCAGAAGCCACGGUGGCAACGUGGCCACAUAUGGAAAGAAUAUUUUGCACGAUGGCACCUAUAGGGACUCAGCUUUACUUCUUGGCUGGUUAUAGAAUGCCAGGUGAGAUAUUAAAAACAAAGACUGAAGUCCACGUGUUUGACACGUCAGCAAUUGAUAAUGGUUGGAGAGGCUUUGAGCCAAUAGAGGAAGAAGGAGAAACAGAGCUUUGUAGUCAUUGUUGUGUUCUUAAAUUGGAUUCACCAUAA